AAAAUUCCAAGUAUAGUUUCUAAUGGAAAUCCGCACGAAUAUAGAAAACGGGCCAACUAUAAGAACCAGCGCGGUAAAUGAUGCGCGAAAGUUUAAUUUAUAUUUUUAUUUUACAUAUUUUACAACCUUUGACUGCGUGCCGAUUAGAUUUGUCAGACUUGAAACACAGCUCCGGUUGGAGUAGUAAAAUAUCCCCCCUCCCCCUACACCUAAUUAAUUCGAUUCGAUUUACCGCACUGGUUCUUAUUGUUAGUUAGAUAUAAAAAUGAUAGUUUUCUCGACGUUGAUACCAUUUCGUUUCAAACAGAUUAAUGAUCAGAAUCUACUUAAAUCAGUUUACGAUUUAAGAUUGUAAAAUUAUAUUCAUGUCGAUAUUUAACGUAAAUAGACAAAAUAUAAAUCAAGACGGAGACGAAAAUGCGCGCCAAGUUUUACGGCGAUACUAGCUGCGUUUUUAUCAUCACGUACUUAUCGUUAAUCCUUGAACGACCGUACAACCGCAUAAAACUGCAGAUAAGUGAAGCAUUAGCAGCUCUGUUGCUUGUAAUGGGACCAAAUACAUUUUACAAUCGAGGCGUUUAAAAUAUAAGUAUCGAGUAUCGCGCGAUGCUUUUCGCAGAGACAUAAAAAAGAUCUCUCCCUUCGAAAUUGGGACCCCCUUGGCACCUCCUUAGGAAUCCAUUGGGAACCUCUUGGAGUUUCGAGGAUUCCUAAAUUCCUAACUCUGCUGGCUUGAUCGAUUUUCAGAGAAUUCUUUCUCUGAAAUGAGCGGGAAUGUAGCGCCGCGUAGGCGCGCGAUGGAGUCGAGGAAAAAAAAGUGGUUGUGUGGAGACAUCAACAUGAUCGACUCGCGUGUCCCUUCUCCGAUCGUCCUUCCGCCUGCGCCGGAGGAUGCGCGUCCUGACCGGCCAAUUGAAAUACGUCUGUCGCGUCGAAGGGCUCCCGAAAGAGAGCCAGCCGUCACGCGUGUGGUGUUAAAUAGAUAAGAGGGGGGAAAAAUAUAUUGCUCUAUCGCUUCGCCGGCCCGGCCGGCUAGGCUCGCUCCUUCGCAUGACAGUCUACAUUACAGCUCUGUGACACACGUGGAGGAGGGAUACCGUGACCGACGUCGUCUCCGCGUAGAAUGAUGUUCGGCCGGCGGUCCGGCCGGGACAUUGAAUAAAACGUCCAAGGGUUCCGCUAUCCAGGACGAUAACGCUGUAAAAGUUUCGGAAAGAGUUCAGACAAUGCGAGGUACCGUCAACUGUGAGGAUUUGUGCGAGUUUCUGUGAAAACUGGAAUAGAAAAAAAGAAAGGGAGAUAAAAGAGGCAAAAGGUGCGGUAUUAUGACUCAGAGAGGACAGAUGUUUGUAAAAGAAAAGAGGAAAGAAGAGGAGAAAGAGAAAAGUAAGGUGUGAGGUUUUUUACCUUAUUGCGGCAUCAAGUGGCGUCUUCGAGUUGAGUGGGUGGCCGACACGUGAUUCCUACUGCAGUGAUACGAUGAUGUAAGAUUCGGUGUGGAGUAUACAUUAACUCGCGGAUGCUAACGACGGAAAGCAACGAUAGAAAGUGACAAUGAGAAGUAAGUCUGCGUUCGUAAGCUUCGUUGCUGUGCAUCAAGCAGAGAAGUACGUCUUCUUCGGUCUUAUAUAUCUUUCGAUAUAAUAUGAAAAUUAUAUAUCGAAACAUAAAUAUCUUGGUAACGGUAAAUUAAGUGUGUGAUGUCUCAUCUAUAUGGAUAUUCACGAUGUCAUCGUUUCGAUGUCACAACUCUGCACGAUUAUUUAUCGUAUUCGUUUAACGACGCCGAAGAUAAUUUGCAAAGUUGUAAUGUUAAGUUGACCCUACGGUAAUUACAUCUGACUCACAUGCAACGUUGCAACGAAGAAAGUUUUUAGUACAGACUUUUUUUUCGAUUUUCGAUUGCCACGAGGGGGUUCGCUUCUUCGGCGCAACCGUGAAUUUCCGUGCGAGGAAAAAAAAGACAAAUGCGUGUGUGCGUCCAACAAGAGAGCAAGAAGGUGGAGCAAGAGGGGCGUGCAUCGCGUGCGAAACGUAAUUUCUCCCUUUUUCGUGUGUGCUGUUGCUGUAAAUGUAAAGCGAAAGACACUCGAUGCACAGUGCGUAUGAGGAAAAAUCGAUAAGAAUCGAUAGAAGACUUCUGACGAAAAAAAAAAGAAAAAAAAACACCAUGCAGAACGGUUGACAUGUAGCGCACGAAGCUUCGCAAUUAUUACCUUCCCUUUCGCGAGCGCGAGCGUCUCUUCGCUCCCGUCUCCCUCCCCCCCCCCCAUAUAUUAUUUGCAUCACGAGACUUUGUUCAACUUUAUCGACCAAAACAGCUAAAGUAUACCGUUGGCUGUUUAAUACUUAAUUGCCCUUCUAUCAACUCUCCCCUCCCCUCCUCCUCCCCCUUUCAACCGUAAUUAUUACUGCAACGCGUGUCGCGCGAAUGCAAGGGAGGAGGAUGCCGUUCAUCUGAAUAAUUCUAAAUGCGACUGGAACACGAGAUGUUCCGGCGUGCCACUUACCAAACUUUCGGAAAAAUCCUCGAGUCUCGUGUCACUCGAUUAUAACUUGUAACGCGUAAGAAAAAUGCGGUCGCACGAUCAGCAUUUGGCCGUGGCGCAGAAGAGGAAGCUCUCGUCGGAGGAUAAAUCCAAUCAGUCGCUUGCACCUAUCGCUAGAACUCAUUGGCCCAGGGUCACGAUAUCCCGUAGUAAAAAGCCGCACGGCGAGUCUAAUGAUACCGGGAAGAGCUUAUCCCGAUUCGAUGGGUGUUCCACGGUUAUCGAUGCGAACGACACCAACGUCAUCGCCUGCGAUAUCGUUGAGCUAUUCUGCGAGAAUAGCGACGGCAGCAACGAAGAAAGGACGGCCUGUCCACGGAUUUCCAGUUCGACGGAACUCGAAGAGGACGAGGUGUGUGCCACGUGCAAGGAUUGCGUGGAAUGUCAGCUGCUGCAGCAGGAUAGAGCCGCCUCCGCUGCCGCAAAGAUACGUAAAGCCAAAGGGGGCUUAAUGAGCGGGCAGGACGAAGAACUAGCGGAACAUCUGGAUUAUUACGAAGGUGACGUCGGCGACGUAGAGACGGCCUCCACAUCCAGCGCGAUCGUCACGAUAGAGCACCGGGAAGCUCCAGUUCUCGUGGAUCUGACCAACGAGGAGUCUAAGCAAGCUACCUGGAAGCAGACGAUCUUGAAACGAUUCAGUAACGCCGAAGAAAGCUCGGAAAUGUCGGAACCUCGCAUCAUGAUAGCAGACAGUUCCAGCAGAUUGCAACGCGGUAGCACGGGCAAUAGCCUGGCGACCGCCUUGAGGGAUCGUGGUCCUUGCGUGAUCCCUGUGCAGCCUAAUCGCUCCCUACCGAUCCGACCAGCGCCGCCGAUACCGACGAGGUCGGCGGCAUCGAUAGUAACGUUGCGGAAGACACGCUCGCCGAUCCUCAAGCUGUCGAAAUCUGUAAGCCUGAUGGACGUAGUAGAGUUGCAAUCUCCGAGCGGUUCGUUGACAAACGAACUGAACGACGUCCCUUUCGGGCAGCAGGAUGGGAACGGAGAAGGAAUGAUGCUUACGAGCGAGCUCAUCGAUCGCUCGGACUACAUUCUUCCAGACAUGAGUAAUGUCGUGCAGAUCACGAAAGAGAUCAACAGCGUUAAAAGAAAAAACAGCCAAGAUCCGGACAGAGAAUAUGAGAAAGAAAUUACCAAGGAUGCGAAGAAACGGAGAAAAUCCCACGAAGUCGAUACCGGCCACAUACGCGACGAACGCGUCAAGAAUAUUUUGAAGGAGUACUCCAGAACUUGUUCCGGCACGUUGGCCGACAAAGGCGAAAGAAAAUUGCAGCAGCAUGUAAUGGUGAGGCUGUGGGAUGACAAGAGAUACUCGUCACCGGUCGUAGUGUCGACGACGGAGUCAGAGGCAGAAAAGAAGGAAGCCUGCAACAAGGUCGUGCCGCCUUUAAGAUUGAAGAAAGUUGUGCGCGAAGCGAGCGCUAUCGAAUAUCAACGUAGAGUCGAGGUGAACGUCGAGGGGAAUGAGUCCAACUAUCGCAUUGUCACCGGCGCCACGCCACGUCCGGAAUCUCCGUCCGGAUAUUCCGCUACCUCUUUCUGGAACAGCGUGGCAUCGGAGAAGGCACUCGAAUCGUCGACGGGCAAUGCGUGGGAUAAGAGCCGGCGGUGCUCGCCGAAGAGCGACGGCUACAAGAUCAAGUACCGUCGCAACCGGUUGCGCCAGAAACUGCGGGAACUGCGAGGCAAAGCAUUGGAGCUUUCGCGGGAGAUGACUGUGUGCAAUAACGCCGCCAACACGAGCCCGCAGCGUAGCACCCGGCUGCGGCAGAUGAUGAACUGCUACGAGAAACAGAUCGAGAACAUAUCUAAGCUGCUGUGUAAACUGUCUGCCUCCAUACCGCCCACGACCGACACCGACGAUGUCGUCGUCGAUCUCGACUAUGAAAACGAGCUGGAUGAGCAUACGUCAAUUGAGAAAACAGCCGUUGACAGUGACGUCACACAGGUAAAUGGAAUAUCCAGAAGUAGAGUUUCCCCGUCCCCUUCUCCGGAACCGCCGAAAUUGUCGCCGCGUUCUCCCAUCGACUACGAGAAAAGUAAAUCGCCCGAUGCAGUGAGAGACAGUCCGCCGGUACUACCCAGGGUUUACAUAGCGAUCCAGCCGACUGCUCUCGAUUGUCUCAAGCAAAAUCUGACUGUUACUAAAAGCUGGCACAAAGGCGACAGCUCGUUGAGCUCGCGGAUCGAGAAAGAAGUCAAAGUGAGCGAUAGGGAUCAAACGAUAAUUCGCGACGACGUAAUAACGGUACCAGUUAUAUCCGCAGUUUCAUCGUCCGAGUUCGAAGAUCCGAGAAACAGUACAGUGGAGUGGGGCGAAGAGGAACCUUCGUCGAAACUGAAGCAGCCGGAAAUCGAGGAGAAAAUUUCGAAGGACACUAAAACAUUUGGCGAUAUCAAGGAACGUCACCGACAAACGACACCGACGAUACCUUCGGACAGUUUUCUAGGUUCGACGAUGGACGUCGACAUAGAUGGAAGGGACGUGAGAGACACGAAGGAAAGACCCAUCGUUCAAGGACAUCUCGAUGAAGUGACACAGGUCUCGGAAACCAUUGCGAACAAACAAGUUGCCUGUGAGAAGCAAGAGCUCGAACAGAAAUCAAACGAGGCUCUACCAUCCACGUCGAUCGUAGAGGAAACUAGAAAAACAACGGAAUACGGGACUUACAACUCAGAAGAAAGAAUUAAUGGUAAGAACAGGCUGGUCACGAGCACAGUUACGGCUGCACAGGAAGCGUCAACGAUGGUCGAACGACUAGAAGUACCUGCUGCCAAUGUAACCAACAUCCUGCAACUGCAGUCGAAUUAUUACGGCUCACCGCCUGUCGCACGCGAAAACGUCGUCUUCACGGACGUCAUACAAAAUUCGAGGGACGUGCAGAAGGUGACGUCAAGUAUGAGUCAAUCCGCGGCCUUGGAUCCACCAAUGCCUCUGGGAUUCACUCAAUCUAGGUCUGCCGUCAGCAGCUCAAACCAACACUGUAUCGUUCUGCCUAAUAGCUGCAACAAAGCCCUUCCGGAGACUACCAAUCAGCGAAACGAUGGAAACCGCAUCAUGACGGAGCAAUUUCCUACGCUGGGCAAUUGGGUGGCGCGAAUGUCGAAGAAACAGGCUACCAAGUCGAAAUCCAAGUUGCAAUCUGGGAUAAGCUUACCAACCGCAUCAACGGCGGAGGCCGCUCGCAUUCCAGGAGUGGAGGCGCAAAAUGUCCGCUCGAGUGCAUCGAGUAACGCAAGCCGAAACAACAUAGUCAACGUAGCGCCGCAAUGGAACACGGAAAGGUGGCAGCGUCAGCAACAUCAGCAACGUCAGCAACAAUUAUAUGCAGCGGCACCAUCGGCCGUGCCUCCGGUGAGACCGGGCGUCUGUCCACCUAUCUCGGUUACCCAGUUCUAUCCGUCUAAUUAUGCGAUCGAUCCUUAUGGUAGCGCAGCUUUUGGCUAUCACUCAGCGAUAUGUCCCUACGGCGAUUACCCUUAUCACUCUCGCCUACACGCUACCGCCGGACCGUCUAUAAGCGGCUAUCAAAUAGGUCCCUUACAAGAUUCACACGCCUCUUCGCUUCGCCAGAUGCAGCAUAUCGACAAGCGUUACCCUGCGCAUAUGCAAAACACGGCGUCUCGUCAUUUCACCACGGAUCUCCUAAAGUAUUCCGGCACGUUAUCAGCGAGUGGCUAUCAACACGCUGCGGCUGCCGCCGCUGCUGCCGGCUUAGAUUACGAUCGUUUGAGGACGGCGACGGCUGCCACGCAAAACAGUACCGCGCCGGCUUGUCUACCGGGGCUACUGUUACCGCCACCUCCACCGUUAACCGCCUCCGCGCAGCAGACUUUGGCACGCACUUCCCUGGCCGGCUAUCCCGCGAGCAACGGCAGGAACAGGAUGAUCCCGGAUGUCGUUGCUGCGGCGGCAGCUGCUGCGGUGGUUGCGGCAGCUUCCUUCGGUCGACAGCGCGGUACGUUACCGUCAUACGGAAGAACCGAUACGGAAAUGGUAUCCGGAGGCAUCGGCGGUGUCAUGGAUAACGAAUCCUCGCAACUGAUGGCGGCGAAUAGAGUGACAAAUCGCGAGCAUUUGCCGCAGGAGCAGGUGCAACCCGUCAGCACCGUCGGUGUCGUCAAUGUGGACUCGCGAUUGAACAACGGCGGUUACCGUCAACUGCAGAAUUUAAUAUUGGACAGAUUACCUUACGUAAAGGCAGACGAUGCUUAUUCCCAGUCGUCGACAGCGAUCUUCGACGACAACGCGCAAGAACCGACGGUAGCAUCCUCGGUGUCCACGUCAGCGUAUAAGCCCACUACGAUCUUGGCAUCAAAUAGCCCGUUGACCGCCAAAGAACCCGCGCGGAAAGAGAGUCGCAACUGCGAAACGCCACAUCUGGGUAAGAUAAAUCGCACUCCGGAGACUGCGAACAUUUUGGAGUGCUCUAAUUGCGGCCUCACCGGUUCCAUGUUCAAGUGCCUGGGCUGCGAGACAGCCUUCUAUUGCGACGAGAGGUGCCAAACUCGUCACUGGAGUAUCCACGUAGAAAAAUGUCCCAAGAGAAUGCCUAAAUUAAAGAAACUCGUCUGAGAAUUAUCGUAGAAAUUACGAGAAUCCGUAAACAACGUAAUGUCUGUAAAGUAUCAACGAGUUCAUUUAAUGACCAAAACAACAAAGCAAGAUAAAUGAACGACAUACGAGAUGUGUGUCAUUGUUUUGAUAUUCAUAUAUUUUCAAUGAUAAUGUAUGUACCUCUAGUCAAUGUAUUAUAAAUUAUAACGAAUGCGACGUCUGUGUCUUGCACGCGCAUCGGAUUUACACCACGAAUGUGAUAAAGUGUGCUUGGUCGUAAGAUAAACGCUUACUGUAAUUUUAUGGAAUGGUACUUGGUUCACAGUCUGAUGUUCUGCUUUGUAAAUUAUGAACUGCGAAAUACAAAGAGUUCAGCACACCUCGCAUUAUACCUUACUAUUGUGCGGUAAAUGACGUAUGUAUUGUGCUAUAAUACGGAAAGUAUAAGCUCAUCGAUAUAUUGUACUGUUGUAAUGUAACGAAUGUUACGAACGUGCUACCUCUCAUGUACCUUACAGUCAUAAAUCAUUACAGUAUAGUCGUGUAAUGAUUGCAUACGACUGCACGUUUAGACUCUUGGUUCUUUAUUGCGAUCAUAUUAGAUAUGUCAGACAAAUUGUGUGAAUUCUUUUUAAAUGUACGUGACAAAUUUGUAUAAUUUUUUUAUCAUCGAUGUCAUACUCCAACGUGGUUGCAAUGAGGAGCCUUACUGCAAAGUCAGUAAUUUGAAAAAACAAUGUGUGUCUAAAAGCAGCUAGUAAAAUAUGAUCGUUUUUACAAACAUGUAUUUAAGAGUCGCGUAUCUGUAAGCAAUAACGCUUAUUAUAUAUUUGUUCCAAUGCUUCUUACGUGUUACAUAAUCAUAAUCAAUCUUUUUAUACUUUUGUAACAA